CGAGUACACCCAUUGUGGGUUUUAGCGGCUACCUACAUUAGCCGAUGCUUUGCUACCGUUAAAGCUAGCUGUUAGGUUUGUAUGAAAUACUUUUAUGUGUCACCGACCGAGUGUGUUUAUUAAUUCACAAGGGAAGAAAUGAACAGUCGUCUUCAAGAGAUCCGUGAGAGACAAAAACUGAGGCGGCAGCUGUUAGCUCAACAGUUGGGAGCUGAAAGUGCAGACAGUAUUGGAGCUGUCCUCAACAGUAAAGAUGAACUCAAAGAGAUAGAGGAGACGCGAGAAACAUGCAGGGCUUCAUAUGAUAGCUCAGCCGCCCCUUCCAAAAGAAAGGCACAGACAGAGGGAGAGGACACAGAGGAAGACGUGGAAGAACAAAAGGAUGAGGUGGAAGUGCAGCAGCCAGAUGAAAGCAACCCAUAUGAGGAGGUGUACAAGGACUCAAGUACUUUCCUUAAGGGUACCCAGAGUUUAAACCCUCACAAUGACUACUGUCAGCACUUUGUGGACACGGGACACAGGCCACAAAACUUCAUCAGAGAUGUUGGCUUGGCUGACCGAUUUGAAGAAUACCCUAAACUCCGAGAGCUGAUCAGACUGAAGGAUGAACUCAUCUCCACCACCAACAUCCCUCCCAUGUAUCUCCAGGCUGACCCAGAGCACUUUGACCUUCAAGAUUUGAAGUGCAAAUUUGACGUGAUUCUGCUUGAGCCUCCUUUAGAGGAAUACUACAGAGAAUCAGGCAUCAGCCACACGGAACGUUUCUGGACAUGGGAUGAUAUCAUGAGACUGGAGAUUGAGGAGAUAUCAGCUCUACGUUCCUUUGUCUUUCUCUGGUGUGGCUCUGGUGAAGGACUGGACUUGGGAAGAAUGUGUUUGAGAAAGUGGGGCUUUAGGAGGUGCGAAGAUAUCUGUUGGAUCAAGACAAACAAGAAUAACCCAGGAAAGACCAAGGCACUCGACCCAAAAGCAGUAUUCCAGAGGACCAAGGAACACUGCUUGAUGGGAAUCAAAGGAACAGUGCGUAGGAGUACUGAUGGUGACUUCAUUCACGCUAAUGUGGACAUCGACUUGAUCAUCACUGAAGAGCCUGAGAUGGGGAAUGUAGAGAAACCCGUAGAGAUCUUCCACAUUAUUGAGCACUUCUGUUUGGGCCGCAGGAGGCUGCACCUGUUUGGCCGAGACUCAACCAUCAGACCAGGCUGGUUGACAGUGGGCCCUACUUUAACAAAUACCAACUUUAACCCAGAGACCUACGCCUCGCAUUUUGCUUUGCCCAACUCCCAUCUGUCUGGCUGCACUGAGGAAAUCGAGAGGCUGCGGCCCAAAUCUCCCCCCGCUAAACUGAAGUCAGACCGUGGUGGCGGAGCACCCAGAGGGGGACGUGGUGGGCCGAACGCCGGAAGAGGUGGAGACAGAGGCAGAGAAAGAAACCGACCAAAUUUCCGUGGGGACAGAGGAGGGUUCAGGGGCAGGGGAGGACCACACAGGGGCUUUCCACCUCGCUAGAGAAACAGAACUCCCACCAGACUGAUGUUAGGAAUUCCUAUGUGUAUUACCUGCAAACACAAGCUUAUUUGUAACACAGGUGGUAACAUUAGUACGUGGCAGCGGAGAGGUCAGAAAGUGUGGUAAAUGUUUUGUUUUUUGUUUUUUUCAAUAUCAUUCUGGUUUGUUUAUAUUUUUUCACGGCUAUACGUUAGAUUGAAUGGGUAUUGCCUAAAUAAACUUCCUUUUCACAA